AUGCACUCCAACGCCGUCCUCCUCCUCACCUUUGUCGCCUCGGCCUCCGCCGCCAUCGACUUCAUGGCCAUCCCCCACGUCCGCCGUGAACUCAACCUCCCCCGCGCAACCCCCAUCAACGAGAUCCGCGACACCGACCCCAACAAAUGCGUCUCCGAGGCCCUUAGCUUCGUCAAGACCAUCCCCACGCCUCCCCCCGAGAUCGUCUCCGACCUCAGCAAGAACCCUCAGACCGACCCCUGCAAAGUCAGCUUCCCGUCCAGCCUCAGCGCCGAGUACUCCUCCUACAGCUCCGAGGUGGUCUCCUGGCUCGAGGGCCACAAGGACGAGCUUACGUCUCUCGCCUCGGACUGCUCUGUGCUCAGCUCCUACACAAGCCUCGUCAACGUCUGCAGUGCGGGUGGUUCUUCCGGCUCUGGCUCUGGCCCCAAUACUGCCUCUGCUGCUCCCACUGAGUCCGGUGCUGAUUCUGCCUCCAAGACGGCUGGAGAUGCGCCCAAGUCUACCAAUGGCGUUGCCGCUCGUGAGACCGGCAUGGCCAUCGCCGCUCUCGCUGCUGCCGGCAUUGCUGCCAUUCUGUAA